AUAAUUUGUCCGGAAAAGGAAGCCUUGCAUUUCAUUGCAUCUGGAAAAGAUAAAGACAAUUUCCAGAAGAAAUUAAUCAAUGAGGAGAAAGGUUAUGGAGUUAUUGCCACUAAGGACAUUGAGGCUGGAGAAUUCUUGCUUGAGUAUGUUGGAAGACACACCACUGGCUUGGAAGGAGAGACCCUGUUGAAAGAGUACCCGGAUGCAGAUGCAGCCUUUGUGUAUUUCUACUCCUUUGAAGGAAAUACUUUUUGUGUUGAUGGGACUAAAAGUACAGCAAGACUUGGAAGAUUCAUCAAUGGCAAUCACAUCAAUCCAAAUAGCAAAAUUAAAAUAAUAUUGGAUGAGCAGAAAAGCCCACAUCUGUGUGCAUUUGCAGUGAAAAAAAUAAAUGCAGGAGAAGAAGUUGUCUACGACUACGGAGACCCCAACUGUCAAUGGAGACAUAAAACCAGUACUUCCUCCUGUGAGGAGCACACUCAAAAGGAAUCUCGAUGGAAGACAGCAUUUAAAAAUCUUGACUCCAAGCCCGGCAUGAUGAAAAUCGACGACCUUGUUUUCAACGUGGAAAUGAAGAUUGCGAAUGGAUGCAAUGCUGCUGAGAUUUUCCCAGGACUCUUUAAGAACCGCCUCGUUGCAGUGAAACGAGUUGCCAAACAUAUUUCCAAAAAAGAACUGGAAAUGGCGUACUUCCUGUGUUCAGAAAAUUUAAAGGCAGAACAUCUUUUGCAACCAAUUGCUGUGUUCACAGAUGCUUACUUCGCCUAUUUUGUCUCCCCUCUCUGUGAAUACAGUCUCAUGGAACUGAUUGAAAACAAAGAUUUUCCAGAGAGACAGAGCCUGACUGAGGAGCGAAGACUGGGAAUCUGCCAGGAGUUAAUGCUGGGACUUCAGGAACUCCACUCACAUGGGAUUUUGCACAGAGACCUGAAGCCUGAAAACAUGUUGUUUGAUAUCAACGACAAACUGUAUAUCACUGACUUUGGAGCAAGCAGAAAACUAAAUCUUGCACAAACCCCAUUGGCUGGAUCAUUUUCUUGGUCUAGUUAUGAGGAUGUUGGAGGCAUUCAAUGCAAGUACAAGAAGGAAUCAGAUAUACAAGUAGCAGGGUGCUUGGUGCAUUAUAUCCUGACUGAUGGGCAACAUCCCUAUCAAACCACAACACCCUACUCCAGUGACCCAGUAGGGCUAUCUCAAAAUGUGAGAAAAGGCAACUUUACUCUUCAAUGUGAAGAAAGACUGAUGGGCCAAAAGGGCAUUAUUUCAAGAAUGCUGAGUAGAACAUUUGAAGAACGUCCUACUAUUGAAGAAUGCCUUCAAGCUAUCACAUGUUUCACACGCGUGUCUAAUUUCACUGGAACAACAAACAUGUCUGGCCACAAGAAUAAAAAUGACAGGACCAUUGCAGCAAAUUGCGGUCCCCAAACACCAGAUGAGAUAGACAUCUCAGAGAGUAUUCUCAGCGAUCAGCUAGAGAUCACUAGCAGUGACCUUAAAGAAUCAUCAUCUCCCACUGAAGAGGAAUUAUCUGUGUGUGAAAUGACAACUGAGCCACAUGUUUCCCUUUCUCUGGAAACAUCAGAUGAAGAAGACGAAAAAGUAACACGCACAAGAAAACCAUCUUCAAAAAUGGAUAAAACUGUUCAUGGAAGUAACCCUCAACAACGUCAUAUCAACGUGAAAAUGUCCUCAAACAAGGAACACCAGCGGAUAUAUGACAAGAAGAAUUACUGCCUUUACUGUGAGAAGCCGUUUGCGAAGCUCUCAAGACAUCUGAAGCAAAAGCACGCUGAUAAGGUUGAAGUAGCUAAGGCACUCGCACACAGGCAAGGUUCCACACAGCACAGUCUUCUGCUGGAGAAAAUACGAAAUAUGGGGAAUUACCACCAUAACUGUUCAGUGCUAUCCUCUGGGAAUGGACUAAUAAUACCAAAAAGACAAGCAACCUAUCUUUCCUCAGCAACAGACUAUCUGCCUUGCAAGUUUUGCUUCGCUAUGUAUGUCAGAACUGACCUCAAGAGACAUCAUAAGCGUUGCAAACUGCAAGUGAAAAACGAUAGACCGGUGAAAAGAAAAGUUCAGGCAAGUUCUUCCCUGAUGUUGCCCUUGGACACAACAAUUUCUACCGGACUCAAAGAAAUUCUUCAGGACAUGACAUAUGACAUUGUUACACAAGUGGUGAAAUCUGAUGACCUGAUUCUUUCACUGGGAGAAAGAUUGUUCCUCAAAAAUGGAGAAGUUCGACGUCAUUGGGCAGACAUCAGGAACAAGAUGAGGGAACUAGCCAGAUUGGUUUUGUCGGCUCGAAAAAUUGACAAAGACGUUAUCUUUUUGAAGGACUUGAUCAACCCAGGAAAGUUCAACACAGUACUUCAGGCUGUAAAAAAUAUGACUGGGUUUGAUGCCUUAGCGAACAGAUUCUCAGUUCCCUCAACAGCUUUGAGACUGCGCCAAUCCCUUGUGAAGGUGUCGCAUAUUGUGCAAGGACAGGUUCUGCGUCAAGAGGACAAUGCCUUAAAUGGAAGGGCGGAACAGUUCAUCAAAUUAAUUGAACUAGAAUGGACAACACAUGUGUCAUCCAAGGCACUGAAAACCCUGUACCAGAAGAAAUGGAACAGCCCCCAAACGUUGCCUCUAUCCGAAGACAUCAAAAAGCUCCAGGAUCAUUUAAAAUCCCUUGAAGAGUUGAACAAAAAGGCUCUCGUUGACCAUCCAUCAAAAAGCUCCUGGAGUGAGCUCUCGCGAGUCACCCUGACACAGCUGAUUUUAUUUAAUCGACAUCGCGAAGGAGAUGUUUCAAGAAUGGAAGUACAGACAUACCUGCUGAGAAACAAAAGCGGUAUGCAUGAUGAAAUUCUAAAGAGCCUGUCACCAUGUGAGAAGAAAUUGUGCCACAAUCUCAUCGGGGUGGAAAUCCGGGGAAAAGAGGCCGCAAGGUACCAGUGCUGUUUCCAACGAACGUACACGAGUCCGUGGAACUUCUGAUAAAAACAAGAGAUGAGGUUGGAAUUUCCCCAAGCAACCCUUACAUUUUUGCCCGCCCAUAUUAUGGAUCUCUGGAGAACAUUCGUGGUAGUGAAAGCUUAAAGCGAUAUUCCGAAAGCUGUGGAGCUCAACAUCCAGAAAACAUCACAUCAACAAAACUACGCGAGCAUGUAGCGACAGUGUCACAGCUCCUGAACCUUCAAGCUCACAAACUUGACCAACUAGCAACAUUCAUGGGUCAUGAUAUUGAAGAAACCCUUCAAAUUGCUAAAGUUACCAGAAUUCUUUAUGCCCUGCAAGAUGGAAUGGGAAAAUUCAAGGGACAAUCCCUGGAAGACAUUACCCCAAACAACUCUGAAGAGGAGUUCAGCGACUUGGAUGCAGAGGAUGUCCAAUCUGAGCAGACUGCCACAAGUCAAGAAGGAAAGGAUGGACAUUCUGAUGAAUUGGCUGCUACCUCAAGACAAGCAAUUGGAGACAUUCAAAAAUCAAGUCCAGUGGCGAAACCCAGAAUACUUUUGUCAAAGACCGAGAGACAAGCUGUUGAACAUCAUUUCAAGGACUUUCUGAAGCAAAUGAAGAUCCCUGGAAAAACUGACUGUCAAAGAUUCUUGAUUGGAAAUCCGAGGCUAAGGGAUAGUGGAAGAGACUGGAAAGCAGUGAAAUACUUCAUGUACAACAAAAUAAUGUCUAUAAAGAGGAACUUGUGCCAAUAGAAGACCAAUAAUCUAAAUUAACUGCUGAAUACUGGGAGCUUGCACUAUGACAGUGGACCCCUGUCAUUCCAUACAGUAUAAGUGUUGACCAUUUUCUUUUGUGUUGGAUCCACCAUGGAUUGAACUUUCACAGUAUCAUGUUAGACCCGCUCGACAUCCAUUGCUUUCGGUCCCCUGAGGGGGGGUGUUGCCUACAUAUGCGGUCCUCUCCAAGGUUUCUCAUAGUCAUCGUCACUGACGUCCCACUGGGGUGAGUUUUCCUUGCCCUUAUGUGGGCUCUACCGAGGAUGUUGUUGUGGUUUGUGCAGCCCUUUGAGACACUAGUGAUUUAGGCCUAUAUAAAUAAACAUUUAUUUAUU